AUGCUGUACGACCACGACCAGGAUAGCCAUGCGGGCCACAACCAUACCCUCGGUGCUGGGGCAAAGAAGAUGCCCUCCGGGACGGAUUACGGGCCGGAGCUGCUGAUCAGUGUGUGGACGAUGAUGGCCUUUUCAAUCCUCGUUGUUGCCUCCCGUACGGCAAGCAACUACAAGUUUGGGAACCUGCAGCUCAGUGAUGCGAUUAUAUUGCUGGCUCUGACUUUACUCUUGGUUGCAGCAGUGCUGUUCAACCUCGCGGUCAACCACGGGUACGGCAACACCACCAGCUCCCCCGGUCGCCACAGUGUGGUCGCAGGCUUCCGGUACUCGACCAUCGGCUACGCGAUUGUCAUCCUCGCCGCGACCGCCGGUCGUCUCGCCAUGAUCAUGUACAUGAUGGCGUUGCUGGCGGCACGGACGUGGGACCGCAUGGUCCUGUGGGCUCUCGUGCCCCUGCAGGUGGUUGUCAAUGUGGUCAGUGUGGUUUUGCUGUUCGCCCAAUGCUCGCGUGUCGUGGAGGUGUUUCAGCCUGGCGCUCAGAAGCAUUGCAUGUCGCUGGAUGUUCAGAUCGAUUAUGGAUAUUUUCAGGGUGCAUUCAACUCCGCUAGCGACCUCUUUCUUGCCCUCUUCCCGAUCUACAUUUUCUGGCGGUUCAACUGGACGCUGCGAGUCAAACUGGUGCUCAUCUCCCUGCUUAGCCUGGGGGUCGUAGCAAUGGCCGCCUCCCUCAUCAAGACCCUGGAAUACCCCACGAUUCUCAAAUCGACCAACCCGCGCAUCAACCGCGUCCCCCUCCUCCGCUGGAUGUUCAUCGAGGCCGGCAUCGUCCUCAUCACCGCCUCCGUUCCGUGUAUCCGGCCCCUCGUCCUCCACUGGAUACGGAAGUACAUCCGGAAGAAACGGACGCAACAUCACCAGAUGGAUGGGGGACCCGCUCCUAAUCAAUCCACUGAGAACUUUGCGGCGGACUGGAAGGCCCGGUGGAUCAUGCCGUACAUGCGGCAGCAGGGGCAGGGGCAGGCGUCGUGCUCGUCGGAGGAGCACGAGCGGCAGAUUCUGGCGAACAUCACGACGCAGAUCUUCGCGGGGGAUCGCGAGUUUCUGGAUCGGCAUGUUGGGGGGAUUGUGAGGAAGGUUGAGGUGAUGGUGGUUGCGGAUGAGAUUCCGUUGACGACCACGAGAGAUAGCGGAAUAUAA